AAUUUAAUUAAUAUAAAUGAUUCUAAAAAUUCUUUACUCUAAAAUUGUAAUAAAUAAAAUCAAAAUAUUAGUGGAAUUACUAGUCCUUGGGUUUAUUUAGGAAUGAUGUUUGCUUGUUUUUGUUGGCAUGUAGAAGAUUUAUAUAUGCCGUCUUUAAAUUUUAUGCAUAUUGGAGAAGCUAAAACUUGGUAUUGUAUUCCUCCUUAAUACAAAGAAAAAUUCGAAGAAUUAUAUUAGCUAACCUAUCCUGAAAUAUUCAAAAAAAACCUGAUGCUUUAUUCCAUAUAAACUUAAUGUUAUCUCCUGCAUUAGCUGUUGAAAAAGGAAUUCCAGUAUACAGAACAGAACAAAAUAACGGUGAGUUUAUAUUUACAUUCCCAAAAGCUUACCACGCAGGCUUUUCACAUGGUUUUAAUUGCGGAGAAGCUGUAAAUUUAGUAACUUUUGAAUGGAUUAAAUAUUUUUGGGAGGCGGCAAAUUAUUAUAAAAGUAUAAAACAUCCAAAAAAGAAUUUCUAUAAGAGUGUAUCAUUUCCUAUCGAAUGGUUAUUAAUUUAGGCUGUUUAUACUUUAGAUAUUUCAUUUUAUGAUGAAUAAUAUAUUAAAAAAUUAAAAAAUGAAUUUGAAAAUAUUUUGAAAAAUGAAAGUUAAAAAUUAAAAGCUAUAUAUGAUAGAUAUGGAAAAAAUAAUUUAAAUAUUUAUCAUUUUUAAAAUAAAUAGGAAAAAUAUGAUAAACAUGUCUGUUAUAAAUGCGGCUAUUAUACUUAUCUUAGUUAUUUAUUUUGUAAUACUUGUAUUAAAAAAUGUUGUAUUUCACAUUUAAAACCCUGCUAAUGUUUUUAAAAGCCUUAACUUUAUAUAAGAUUUACAGAAGAAGAUUAAAUAGAAUAAAAAAAUAUUAUUGAUAAAUAUAUUAAAAAAAAGUCUAAAUGAAACCGUUUAAUAUAUCUUAUAUAUAAAUUUAUAUAUAAAAAAAUACAUAAUUUUAAUCCAUUUAAAAUAUAUUUAUAUAUAUAUUAUAUUAUUCUUAAUUUCUUUAUUUAUAUUUAUUAAA